GCUGCAGACCGACCCGCCCCGGCCGCGCCCACAGCACAGGCCACCACGACGCGUCGACGCGGCGGCCCCCGGCCCCAAGAGCCAAACCGCCUCUUUUUCCAAAAGCCAAACCCACCACCCGUCCACCCUCCCCCAUUCUCUCUCUUUCCUUUCUCAGCCCCGUGACCCGUCUCGCCCCUUCUCGCCUAGCCGCCGCCGCCGCCGAUGGGCUCUGGGGAGGAGCCGUCGCAGAUGCGGAGGGCGCUGGUGGACUCGCUCGCGGGCGCCAUCUCUGGGGGCAUCUCCCGCACCGUUACCUCCCCCCUCGACGUCAUCAAAAUCCGCUUCCAGGUUCAGUUAGAACCCACAACCUCGUGGGGCAUUCUUCGAAGGGAUGUAUAUGGACCUUCCAAAUACACUGGGCUUCUGCAAGCAACCAAAGACAUUCUCAGAGAGGAAGGUUUACCGGGAUUUUGGAGAGGAAAUGUACCGGCUCUGAUGAUGUAUAUGCCAUAUACAGCUAUACAAUUCACUGUUUUACACAAACUAAAAACAUUUGCUUCUGGUUCAUCUAGAACAGAGGAUCAUUUGCAUUUGAGCCCUUACUUAUCCUAUGUGAGUGGAGCUCUAGCAGGAUGUGCAGCAACUAUAGGGUCAUAUCCAUUUGACCUUCUGAGGACUAUUCUUGCAUCGCAGGGUGAACCAAAGGUUUACCCCAACAUGAGAUCUGCAUUUGUUGAUAUAAUUAAAACUCGUGGUGUUCAAGGGCUUUAUUCUGGUCUAUCUCCAACUCUUGUGGAAAUCAUACCAUAUGCCGGUUUGCAGUUCGGUUCAUACGACACUUUCAAACGUUCGAUGAUGACAUGGAACAGAUAUAAAUAUUCACAUCUUAACUUAGGAAGCGAGGAUGAUUCAGUAUCAAGUUUCCAGCUAUUUCUUUGUGGGUUUGCAGCUGGGACAUUUUCAAAGGCUGCAUGCCAUCCACUUGAUGUUGUAAAGAAAAGGUUCCAGAUUGAAGGACUAAAACGCCAUCCAAGGUAUGGAGCUCGAAUUGAGAGCAGCACAUACAAGGGCAUGUACCAUGCCUUAAAGGAGAUUGUCGCAAAGGAGGGAUUUGGAGGCCUUUAUAAGGGCCUUUUCCCCUCUUUGGUGAAAUCGGCCCCAGCUGGUGCUGUGACAUUUGUGGCAUAUGAAUACAUCUCAGACUGAGGCUGCAGUUCCAUUGGAUCUUGCAGUCCAUACGAGGUUUGGGAGCCUGCUAAAAUCAACUGGAUGAUUCAUGCUCGUAAGCUCCUCUCAUGGGUUUUGGCAAAUCAUUAGAACAGAAAUUGGCAAUCGAGUUGAUCAACUGAAGAUUUGCAUUUCUAGAUGUCUACGCACUGAGGCCUACCUUUUCUUCAAACCUGAAGUUUUAUGUUUUUUGUUCUUGUUGUUGUGUGCAUGCUAGUUCGCGUUCAAAGGAGUGAUAGAACCUGAAACUGAUUUGCAGGAUAGGGAGCAAGGCAGGAGUUGAGUGAAUUCUUGUUGGAUCAUGGAGCUGUCAGGAUACCAUGACGAAAACUUUUGCACAGCCUGGACAUGGAUGGUGUCCAGCCGUCCAGGUCAAUCGUGAAGUGCAUACAAUUCCUAGAGAUCUGAUACAUGUAAAGCCUUACAUAGAAAAGAGCUGUUUUGUCAUUUCUUAUUCUUUACCCCAAUUGCCUAAUGUGGUGGUAGGGCAUUCGUUGCCGUGUAAAACAAGGCUGAGUAAAACUAACAUAGUGAUCGUGACACAUCACUCAUGACGAAAGUCAAAAGCAGCCGGCAGUUUUGUUGGGAUCGUGUUACGAAUCUUUUUUCGACUGUGGUCAUGUUUACCACAAAGAUGGCAGUCGUAGUUCAUCCAA